GACAGACAACGAAACAAAGAGAGAAAGAGGUUUUGCUGCUGCAGCUUGGCGCUGAUGACGAACCGUUCAAUCUGUGCCUCGGACGAUCGGCGCUAGCGAGACUGUCUUUGAAAUCAUGGCUAUUCUUCUGUGCACAAGCUAGUAGGUGAGAGCUAUUUCACGUCCACUAUAAUUGUUGAUUAUAUGUGCGAGUCGCAAUGUAAUAGUGUGUGUUUGAGGCAGGAUAUCGGUUGGGCUAACAAUGGCAGUCCAAUAUAACGGUAGUAGAAAUGGCAAGCUAAAACAAGGAGAACCGACAACAUUUCCAGUGAAAUGGAUUCGCCACGGCGUUUGAGCCGCGUGAGGUUCGUACGCUCUUAGUGCAUACAAACAUGGCGUGCUCAGCGAAAACAAGACAAUCUCCAAUGUGUCGAAAGACGUUAAGACGAAACACAGAACAGAUUUCUAGAAACCCUGUUAAUCGGGCGUCGUUUAGCCUCUAUACACUGAAAGCACGAAGACAGGAGUGCGAGCGAUAGUCAAGCACAGCUAUUCUGUAGCGUUGCGGGAGAGUGAAGGAGGGCGUUCCGCUCUAUGCGUCUUUUACAUCUGUCUUGCGACCCAUUGAAACGUAUCGUCCACCUAGUCACCGAGCCAUGAUCAUAGUAAUAGUACAGGUGCUUGUGCUCUCAUUGUCAUACUCUUAGACCCGCACCUGACUGGAGCGAAAGCUUAGGUGGUAACGUGGGCGGCGCGGAACCAAGGUGGACAACCAGCUAGACCGAUCGGAAGGAACGGCCAGCUCACCGCGUCACCUAUAUCCCUUCCACCCUGUUGUUGUCCUCUUUCUUUUUCUAUCCCCACAACGUAAUAACGCCCGCCGUCACCACCAAUAACACCGACGACUGUAGCUGCCGUUAUUGUAACGACAUAGGACUUCAACGAGGAACAACAGAUCAAAGGCAAACAAAGAUGUUUGGAGACGAUGUCAAAAGCAGGCCUCAAGGCGUCCUCCAAAACGCAGGACAACAGCAAGACGACGUUCAGAACACAAGGGCUACUGAAGACGUCGUUUUGUCAGAGUCAGUUGUCCUGAGCGGCGGUAGUGAAAGUAGACCCUUCAUUUUAGGCGUUAGCCUACGGCGUUUCGCAUACAUGACAGCGUGUUUUCCCCUAUGUACAUUGUCUGUCUGCUUUCUUUACUCUGUCGCCUUCAGUUACUCGAUUGUCAACACGACAAUAUGCAAGGUUUUCAACGUAUUGCCAUCGUUAAGUGCAGUAACGGGCGUUUACCCACAAUGUCAAUUAUGGCGAAUGGCAGUAGCGCUGUAUUUCGGCCCUCAGAUAUUCCUCGCGUCAAUGCUGCCUUCAUACUACAAAAGGAAACAACUGGAACAUGCCAGCAGUCUUACUCGUUGGGCCUAUUCAAAGGUCGUCAUGUUAUCUGCCGUCUCACACAUCCUAGAGUGCCUGUGUCUCAUCGGAGUAGCGUUUAUUUCGUCGAAGGAGUCGUUUCGAAUGCAUGUACUCCUGUUUUGUUCGUUUACUACGUUCUAUCUUGCCCAUCUAAUUUCGACCUGUUGGAUCGUCACGCGGUUCCCUCCGACUACAGCCGAGCAGGACUCGUCGAGAAGGUAUAAACUUCGUUUGGCAGUGGCAAGCGGCGCGUGCGCUUUCGUAAUGACAAUAUCCUUCUACUUACAUCGCACGCGAUGUGUUGUAAUGGCAUUCAGCGUGUUUUCUCUUGCCGAGUACGUGUUCGGCCUCAGUAAUAUUUUGUUUCACUUGACUAUAAUCUACGAUCUUCCUGAAGUCCAGAUCAAUAUUGCGUUCCCUGGUUUAAGAUCGUUAUCAUCAACUGUCUCAUCGGCGGUGGCCUCGACGUCGUUAGUACAGCAGCAAACGCCUGUAAUGAUCCCUGCAAUAGCACUCAGCGAAGGUGAUCUAGUGUCUUCCGUAGGCAGUGACACUAGACAAGCUUCAAGCGGUAGCAUAACCUAUAUAGGAAAUGUUGAAAUUCGCCAAUAUUCAACGAGAGUGAGCGAGUCGGCAGGUCAAACUGGGAUUGAAAGUGAAGAAUCAACAGAGCAAUGGAUUCACAAGCGUCGUCUGUUCAGUUUCACUGACAACGAAAUGAGGGAAAAUAAGGAACAUGCAUAAGGAACGGACGCACAGGCUGAAGGAUCUGCGGACAAACACGAAUUAUGAAAAUGAAGAUGGACCGCUUUCAAGCAGAAAGAACCAGUAACGUAAUAUGACCUAAAAAGCCUUAGCCUCUAGGAGCGAAAGAUCUAGGUAUAACAUACACGCACGAAGUAUAGCCAUUUCAGUAUUAGUAGCAAUAACAGCAAACAGGACACGUAAGGCAUAAGAUCGUAUCCUCGUCUGGCCAGGUCGUGCAAAUUUACGCAUACGUCUGGUUUGAAUUUUUGUUUUAGCAUAGUGUGAUUGACGACCACGUUAGUUCGGCAUAUCGAUUUUGGAGUUAUCAACUCAAACAACGUUCUUAGCAGUUAAUACCGAAGGCUGCGUUUACAUAUGUGAACUGCAAUGAGGCACAGAAUCGAUGACAGAUAGACAAAGUGUCACGGAAUAUGACUAUGCACACAGCAACGGUGACACUUAGGCUACUCAUCAACUGUGUCUAACAUGUUCGUGAAAGUCUAAGAAAUAUUUAUAUUGCGUGCUUAUAGCGCCCUGAGAUAUAUGUAAGUAAAAAAUGUAUCAAAAUGGAUACAUGAAAAAUGGCAAUGUCUCAAAACGAUGGUACGGUUUUGUUUUUGUGAAAUAGUAAAGCGCAUAGAAAAUGAUACCACUCAGGUAGAGAAGAGUCACUGCCAUAUCAACCCCAUAGUAUCGAUGCUCCUAAUUUGCACAUAUUAGAAGCGCCACUAAGUGAUGGUCACACAAUAUUAAUCGGCGUAGGUGAAACUUGCCCCCAUGAUGGUGCAGUGGCAAUACCGUUGCCCACUGCUCUUAAGGACAUGUGAGAUGAUCUGGGUUUGAGACCAAUCUUCACUCAAGAAACCACAUACUCAAGUAAUGUUGACACAGUUUCCGCUCUUUGAUAAAUUCGAAAACUUUUCAUUAAUCGGAAACAGCGUUGUUUAAUGGGAAUUAGUAUUAAUUAUAUUAGGAGCUUAAAGUUCGACAAGACGUACGUUUAGGUGCUCUCCUGAAUUCCCUAAAAACCGGCCGGGUGGGAUUCCUUUUUGCUCUUGUUUAUCAUUAGGCCUACAAAUACUUCGCUAUAACAAGACAGCUAUAACAGACAAUGUUGUUAGUUGAAUUCUCGUGUUAUGGAAAUAGAUACGUAGUAUGACAAGAACUAAUCUUUACGGUCUUCGAAUCAUCUGGCACAUCGUAUUUAUACGAUACUGAUAUAUUUACUAUUGCUAACAUCAUUGCGACAACAAUAUUUAUAUGCACAGGUGUUAUGUAAAAUGACCAUCACCUCGGACGCUAUCAGAACCACUAAAUACUAAUUGCGGAUAACAAUGAUGAUGGCAAUAUUGGCUGUGUAUGAUGUCAAAGCUGUCAAUUGAAUGAAUUGAACCACAAUGAAUGUUGCUAUUAUUAUUGUUGUUGUUGUUGUUGUUGUUGUUCUCAGCGCUACGCCAUUAUCAUUGAUACUUUUGAUCAACAAUUUGAACGUUUCAAGCUGUGCGAAAGCGUUGUCUGCCUCCAUUUAUCUAAUGACUACAUGAGACCUACCGCGUAGUUAACUCGUUCAUGAUCAACUCAGUCCUCGUAGCACGCCAGUGAUAGAUUUGUUUUUGCAAAUAGACAAUGCCAAUCGAUUGUAUGAGCAUAAUUCGAGCCAACAUUUUCAAAUAGCUACGAACGACUCGUUUUCGAUUUAAAGAAUUGGUUUCCGUCCACCUAUAUUCUAGUCAUGCCCGUUAGGCAAUAUACGCAUGCGCGUAAAGCUUUAACUAUGAGAUUAUGUUAGUUUUCUCCAAAAUUUCAUACAACAGGAGCUCGGAUAAUGAGCUAGGAAAUGCAAAAAUGCUAAUGGCACCGUUGCCGGUUGAUGAACCGUACGGUGUUUAAUUCUGGGGGCAAUAUCGGUAUGCCUCAAUCAGUCAUUGUAUUAGGAUUUGGGAGCUAAUCGUUUGUAUCCCCCCCGCACCCUAAUUUUGAGCGGAUUUUGAGGACUCAGAGUGAGAGACUGAAUCAAAAUGUAGAUAAUGAACAAGUCAACUUUACGACGUAGCUUCUGUGCACUCUCACACGAUGCGAAAAAGAAGCGGCUACCUUCAAGUGUUGCCUACCUGACUAAGCAGACCAAAGCCCCAAACGCAUGAUGGUGGUAUUGCUUAUAAUAUUACCAAUAUUUAAGGGGCCAAGUAGUGAAAUGUACCAUAAUAUUAUAUGUACAAUUACUAACCAAAAAUUAUGUAAACUUACCUUACAAAUAUACAUACUAAGUCAUGCUACUUCGAUAGGUUCCUCCCGCAAGUUAUGGCGGGUCAGGAUAUUUUCUUGGGACACAAUGGCUGACAGAAAGAUAAAUCUUAAUUCCUUAGGCCCUUCUGCAUUAUUAGGCAUAAGUUCGCCUUAGCUGCCGUAGGGUACAAGCAAUAUUGCCAGCAGUAACCAAGUUAUAACACAUGCACUUCACGUUAGACGAGAGCUUUUAUUUUGGGAAAAUUCUCAAAACACCAUAGCACGCUGUAGAAAUUGUUUAGAAUUAAAAAGAUAGCCCGUUACCCCAGUCCUCAGAACUGCUUAGCACGCAUAAAGGCUGAAUAAAUAUGAUACUUUUAACAUUCAUAAUCCACACUAUUACGAUAUUAUACUCUGUGAAACUGAGCGAACACAAACCGAUGCAAAAUGGCGGCGGCUAUAAUCUGAUGUGUUACGCACUAUCAACUGAUGCAGUUUUGAUAGUUACCUGAUUAAUUACUCUUAUCAUGAUUGUUACUUGCAAAUAAUAAGCGUGACUGUCGAUUCUACACAUUAUCAUUGCACAUGUUUUAGCUCACAUCAGUUUUGGCUAUCAGUUAAUACGUAGGAGUCAGAGUAUGAAUUCGUGAGACGUACAUGUCGUAAUUAUGAUUUUAUAAUUCGACCUGCAAGUACCGGAAGAAGUUGUCAAGAGGUCGAACUAAGCUGACUUCCAGAUCACUUUGCGCAGACAAUAAAGUACAAUUUAAUCAGCCAGUCCGCUUUUGGGUCACGAAAUGAUGAAUCAAGAAACAAUUGAUCUCAAUGACGCAAGACAUCGAAGACCAUAACUGUUCUAUAUGUCGACAUUUGAGGUAUGAGCAUGGUUGUGUUUCGACAUAUGCUAUACAACAGCAAAUGCGGCAUUACACUGAUUAAAAUGUAGAAACAACUCUAAUUAGCAGGCGUUUUUCGAUUUGAAAAAGUCUCAUACCAACUUCGAUAAUCACAAUCAUUUCCGACAGUCGAGUUUUUUUAUGCUCGUUCAAAACGGUAGCACGACUACCCCCUUCUCCACCAACAGCAACAGCAAUCUGACCUAAAGAAAAAUCUUCAUGGCAAUAAGUAGUUGUAUGAAAGAGCUUACAGAUCGUGUGCACAUAGGCUAGUUAUUACUGUAUAUAUCGUUAUAAGUUAUUAAGAUACCGAUAGGAUGCAACCAAUUUACGAAUUCGGUCUGCCGGCACGUCUACCACCCGUUCUGCCCACGAAAAUUAAAAAAGCCAAAUAAACGCGGAACUACGAAGCCUACUACUUGUAUAUAUAUAUAUAUAUAUAUCCUUUGCCAGCAGCGCACUGUGAUGAAACCAGAAGUUUCAAAGUAGCUAUCGUUCGAGAGAAUUUCCCACUAGCCUCAAUCCACGUUGUUUGCCUAAGUGAUACACGACCUUUAAUUUUGCUUGUAAAUGCCAAGCCUAGCCGCAGAAACUCAUUACUACCGUCGUUCUUCUUCAACACAAAAACAAUUCUCACAUUAAUUUACCUUCGUUAUACUAGUAAUCGUUUAACUGUGUAAAUUUGCGCAUCGCUCUCGUAACGCAUCGUACACUAUGCAAACGACGCAAUGUCUUCACUUGAGCCAGGUCAGAUAAUCAAGGGCCUUCAGGUUGAAUAAAAUUAAAUAUAUUAUCUAAGUUUAUUGUCAAUGGCAUUUACCGCGUUUACCAUGAUUUUCUUGGAUUACUUCAGAUUGUAUCUAAACGCAGAAUUCGAAUGAUUUAAAAAUCCGGUGUCUUCAAAGCUUUUGCAAAAAACAAAUUAUUAACCAAUAUUAUUAUUUUACAAGGUGCCAACAAGGACAGUCGAAAGUAAACCGAAUUAGUAGCACCAAUUGUUCGUAAUGAUGAAGAGGCUAAUUUCUCGUACGCUUCGGGCACGCAUAUUUAGUACGUUUUGUAACAACGUCUCUUAAAUAUAAUAUAUAAAGACAACAUGGCGGUGAAAAUAUAACGAUAUACAUCUGCAGUCGUAUAACAAAGAUAUUUUCCAUGGCUAGUCCAAUUAAGAAGAGAGGUAGCAUCAUUGGCAAGCGUGACAAGUCAGUUAUAAAAACUAACGGAAACAACACAUCUGAGACUAAUUAAAUCUUAUAAUUUUACUAUUAGUAUACAUCAGUAUUACUAUACUAGUAUACAUCAAUACAACUAGAAAAUUAUAAAAAAUACAUUAAACAGUUCGUAUAGGACGAACCGAUGUAUUGAUCGAUCUGCCACAGCGGACGAAUGACGACACCCUCAGCCUGCUACUCUGUGCCUUUAUGCCUUAGAAUAACAGCAAUACCAACCGUUCGCCCUUUUUUGUUUCCCUGUCCCCUUUCUUUGCCAUGUGCAGAUUACCAUACCACAACCUCUGCUACUAGUUCUCAUUUUAUAAUAGCACCUAUACUUGCAUAAUCCGAACACAAUGGACAAAACGACAACCUAGUAACAGUAACAGCAAACAUUCAGAGGAGUGUUUUGGCCCGAGCAGGUACAAACUAAAAAGGAAAAUGAAAAUAGCAAAGGCUGCAGUCACUUUUAUUAUGAGUGGUUAUUAUUAAUCAAGUAGGAUGCGCUAUAUAAUAGGACGCAGCUGGUAAAGUAAGGGUCAUUUCGUGGCUGAAUGAAAAUAGCUAGACCCGUUUUAAGCUUAGAUAUUUGGUUCUUUUUUUUCUGCAACGCUCGUCCCGUCAGUCGUACAUUUAUAGCAGUCGCAACAGCGCCUAAAUUAAAUAGAGUAUCUAAUUGGAAUAAAAAUACCCUGGGACUACUCCAGUGUUUUACAGAGGAAAGCAACUAUAAUGAUCAUUACGACCAGCCUUGCUAUUUCUAGCCCUAUGACGGGCACAUAUGUACCACUGUAAUAUAUAUAAUUAACACAUACGCUAAUGCUUCAAUACAGGUUUUGUUCUAUUUAUCUAGAUGCAAUAAAAUAAGCAACAUUGAGUCAGCGCUGUGUUGGCUACUAUACGUGCUUUUUAAUAUUUAGCACUAUAGUUAGUGCUGCCAAUUAAAAAAACGUUAGCCAAUUAUUUUGUUAGCUCGUAUAUUGGUUGACGGAUGAUUUUGAUUGAAGAGUUUAAACAUUUAGUUCGCUAAUUAUAAGUUUCUCCACACUUGUUCUUAUUGAGUCAUUUUUCCGUUCAAAUUAUAGUGAUGAUGUUAGCAGUCAAUAUUAAACCAUCUUUGCCGACUUUUCGCCCAUCGGAAACUAUUAUGCAAUGCAAAAACUUUGUAAACCCUUUCAUCUCUUGCCGCCAUGCCUGUUCCUGUUCGAAAUGAUAAAUAGCUACACGACAUUACAAUGAAAACUAUAAAGGAUGUGAAGCGUAUUGCGUAGGUGAAAAUGAAAUGUAUUGCGGUAAUAGAAAAAUACGACACAAUGAGACCUAUGUCGAACAUAAACAGCAUAAGUCUGCUGCAGACGGAAAAGCUGAAGGACAAAAACGAAUGCAGUUUCGAAACACGACCAACCGUUUUGAAGAUUGAGCGGUGGCGCGCACAAUAUCAUCACUAUGGUCAAUACGGUGAUCAAAACACGUUGCCUGAUUUCUGCGAAGUAAUUAACAAUAACUAUGUGAGCAGAAAUAUUAACUGCGUUCACAUCCCUUUGUUAUCCAGGUACUUAAAGUACCUAGACGGCAAAAAUUGUCUAUGUCGCAACUUCAUGGGAGUGCAGGUUUCUCUGUAAUUUGUACGUCAACCUUUUACCCCAACUUCUGAAUGGCACUUACAUGGUAAGCUUGUAGGCCGUUUUCCCUUACUAUAACGUCGGCCUAUAUGUAAACCUGUUUAUGACGCCUAUCCGAUUUAGGCUAGAAUCAAUUGGCUCGAGCAGAUAGAAACAUGAGCACUGCAGUGUGCAGACAAAUUCUCCGAGCAAUUGGAGACAAUAAAACACGUUCAAGUGCUUUUGAAAGUUUAAUAGCUUUUUAGGUUUUUUUUUUAUUUGAGACAAAUAAGGCUUUAGUUCAGCUAAAGGAAUUCCUAUUUACAUGUGCUAAAAGAAUUAUUAAUAUUUGUGUCGAUGAGGUUUUCCAUUCCUUAGAAGUUGUAAGGCUGUUUAUAAUGCAAUACAGUCCUCUUAUAACAACAUACAUACAUAUUUGUUCAAGUCUUUGUAAUCUGUGUCUGUAUAUUAUUAUCGUUCUUACACACAAAGGACUCAACUAAUAAGUGUUUUCCGUCUGCUGCUUGCAAAGGAGAACGUUACACGAAACUUUUCUCCGAUCGAGAUAACACUGAUCCUCUAACUUCCAAGCUAUGCCAGCGACUGAGGAAGUUUUUAACGAAGUAAAAUAUUUGUCACUAGUAAUGAACUCACCAACGCUGCACGCAGUGUUGUUGACUUAAGUAAAGAACCCCACAUAAAUGCACGCUAAAGGCAGGACCAUAACUAAAAACGAUAAAUCAAUGGCAGCAAUACUAUGAUUAUAAUAUGAUAACAAUACUGAAAUACUGAUUGAAAAAUUGUAGAAACAACUGAUUAUUAUAAACUAUAAUAAA